AUGGGUUUCUUCUCAUUGUUUCUGGUGGCUUCUAUGCCAGUCGUCCAGGUCCUGCUCAUAGGUGCCAUUGGAGCUUUCCUGGCCUCUGGUUUCAGCAACGUUCUGACGACCAGUGCUCGAAGGGAUAUGAACAAGGUUGUUUUUACUGUAUUCACCCCAUGCUUGAUGUUCGCCAGCCUCGCGAAGACGGUCACGCUCGCAGACGUCAUUUCUUGGUGGUUUAUGCCAGUUAAUAUAGGGAUCACGUUCAUGAUUGGUGGCACUCUGGGUUGGAUAGCUUGCAACAUCUUGAAGCCACCACAGCACUUUAGGGGCUUGAUCAUGGCCUUCUGCUCAGCAGCCCGUUUGGGAAAGAUCCAGUGCCCAGCCGACAGCGACGAGGAGCAUUCAGCUGCACGCGACGACUCUCCUACGACGUCGUUGUCCAUGGCUGGCUUCGGAAAUGGAAAGGGUGCAGUGCAGGCCCCUCUCCCCCUGUCCUGUCGUCCAGCCGCGAGGGCUCAGCAUACCACACUAUUCCACUAA